GCUGAUUGGUGGUCCCAGGGCUUGGCCAGCAGCCCAAGGCCAGGAGGGAAGAGGGAGAUCCCAGGACAAAUGUGCAGCAGGCCCCUGAGCAUGUGUAGAAAUGUCAUCAGUUCCACAUAGAAACACUUGGCAGAAAUCGAAGAAGACAGUAAAAGUCACAAGAUCCUAUCCAACCUUCCCUUCCCUUAAUGCCUGGGAAGAAUUCAGGGGCCUCUUGCCUGCGGUUGGGGAACUGAACCCUGGAGUGGCCUUGGGUGUGGAGGAGGGACUGCUCUGCCAGCUGGUUCAUUCUCCAGAAUUCAACCUGUUUCCUGACUCCAUGGUGUUUGAAAGCAACUUUGUCCAGGUCAAAAGGGGCAGGAAUUGGAUAGACAUCUACAAGGCUUCCAACACCAUGGCCCUUGGAGUGACCUCCUCUGUGCCCUGCCUGCCCCUUCCCAACAUCCUCCUCAUGGCCAAUGUCAAAUGGCACCAGGGGCAGAACCAGACAUGGAACAGACCAUCUACAGCCCCAAAAAUCAUCCUGAAGAGGAUUCUCCCAUUGAAGUUUGUGGAGCUCCGGGUGUGUGACCGCCUUCAGCGCAUCAUGCGGUUGAGGACAGUCACUGAGAAGGUCUAUUACCUAAAGCUCCACCCCAACCAUCCUGCGACUGUCUUCCACUUCUGGAUCCGACUGGUUCAAAUUCUGCAGAAGGGUCUGUCCAUCACCACCAAAGACCCUAGGAUUCUUGUCACUCACUGCCUGGUACCCAAGAACUCCUGCAGCCCCUCAGGAGACUCCAAGUUAGUACAGAAGAAACUCCAAGCCUCCCAGCCCAGCGAGAGCCUCAUUCAGCUAAUGGCCAAGGGGGAGAGUGAAGCAAUCUCUCAGAUUUUUGCCGACUUGCACCAGAAGAAGCAGUUCAGGAGCAGCAAAAAGAUGGAGACCAGCAAGGACAGCUCAGAGAAAGAUACUCCCUCCAAAGAGGACGACAGCAUCCCUUGUACCCUCGACCUCAGUUGGAGGGAUUCGUUCACGUAUGGAGAGUGGGAAAGAGAGAACCCCUCUGGGCCGCAGCCGCUCUCACUCCUCAGCACUCUGGCAGCCUCCACCAGGCCACAGCUGGCCCCACCCAUAGGCAAUUCUAUUUGAGCCACCCUUUCAUGCUGGGGAGAAUCUAUGCAGCCCUCACCAACACCACUCUGCAAUAUUCAGCUCGAGGGGCUCUGUGGCUGGAGGGGCAGAGAAAGCUGUAACCAAGGGAAAACUGGAAUCAUCUCAUGGAGACAUCAGAGCCUUUCCUCAUUCAGCUGUACAUAACACACCUCAGCGCAGCCCACCUCCGUCCCACAGCCAGAGCGGGCCCAGGAAGAUGCAAGAGACGGAGGAGGGGGAGAAAGGGAAGCCGGGCCAGAGGAGAGGCGGAAGAGAACAGAACCGAGGUGAAGAGGAAAGUGGCGGGAGGAAGUCAGAGAAGAGGAGAGACCCAAAGAGAAGUGGCAACAGAAGGAAACAGAAGAGACUUGGCAGAAGACAUAAAGAGGAUAAGAGAAGAAACACAUC